AACUUCUAAGUUCUAAUUAAUCUCUGAAUUAAAAAAAAAAAAAAAGAAGCUAUAGUAUAGUCUCUCUCAGUCAAUUUGUCUCCAAUAAAUUCCCUUUCCUUGUGUGCCUUAAACUCCCACCAUCAUUAUUCAAAAAAAAAAAAAUCUCUCUCUUUCUCUUUCUCUCUGUCUUUGCAGCCCCCAUGGACAUAAGGUACUUGUGCUCUGCUGUCUUUCUCAAGCUCUAGUCCUUUGGCUCUGCGGGAAAGGGAAGAUCAAGAGAAAGAGGUUGAUGAAAUUGAAAAAGAUAUGGGAUUUGCUAGAGCUAUAGCUAGAUUAAUGUCCUAGCUAAAGCUAAGUAGCUAAUAUAAUAAUUCUAUCUUAUUCCGGUGGUGUGUAUAUACGUAUAUGUGUCAUUCACAAGCUCCAGUGUAAUACUACUACUCUCCACUCCAGCUGCCAGCUUAAUUCUAUCUAACAGAGACAGUUAGGUUUUGUUGUGUAUUGCCCAUUGUAAAGAAACUUCACAAUUCUUGAAUAUGUUUCCGUCAAGCAACAAUGGCAAUGACCCCAUCUGCUAUAGUGACCAACAAGAAGGUCACAACAGGCCCUUUUUCAAUGACAUCACUCUCAAUUCUAAACAUGAUGAAUUUCCUUUUUCUUUCUUCCACUUGCCUUCUUCUUUUCUUUCUUCUGAUCAAUUAGAAUUGCAAGACCAUGAUUUUUUUCUCCAUCAAAGCCAUGACCUUUUACUUCACCACCACCACCAACCCUUGAUCAGGGCUCUUGCUUCCACCACUGGUGCAGCAUCAGUUGAGACCAUUCUUGACAUGGUGGAUUCCAACAAAAACGAUGCUAACAAGAAAUCCCACAUCGCUUCUUCUGACCAGAUCCAAAGAAAGAGAUCUUCCAAGAGAGAUCGCCAUAGCAAGAUUCACACAGCUCAAGGACCUAGAGACCGCAGAAUGAGAUUGUCCCUUAAAGUCGCCCGAGAAUUCUUUGAUCUGCAGGACAAGCUACGCUUUGAUAAAGCUAGCAAAACUGUUGAGUGGCUGCUCAUACAGGCAAGACCAGCGAUCAAGAAACUAUCUAGUGGUGUCCCCCAGUUAAAUUACAGCUUCAGUGUUGGCACCAAGAGUGCAUCUUCUACUUCAGAGUGUGAAGUGGUGUCUGGAAUUGAUGAUGAGGCAGCUGCCAUUAAAGCCACCACCAAGAUUUCUAAUGUUAAAACCUCAUCACCUUCAUGUGUCAACAAUAAGGGGAAAAAGGCUAAACCAUCACGUAAAAGUGCAUUCGACCCACUAGCAAAAGAGUCAAGGGAGAAGGCAAGAGCAAGAGCAAGGGAAAGAACAAGAGAAAAGCUGUGGAGUCGAAGAAUCGACGAAUCAAAGCCAUGUGAAGAAGCAAAAAACCAUGAAUUGAACCAAUUAACCUACUGUAUUCCCUUUGAGACAGGUGAAGAAUCAGGCACCCAAACUCACACUAUGAAUCCUAAUCCCUUGGAGAUGCUGGCUCGUGAGGUGAAAGCACCAAGCUCACACGAGCAAGCUCGAUUAGUAACCACAGAAGGCAUGACUGAUGAUUCAUUGGUGAUCAUGGGGAAGUGGAGCCCAUAUGCUUCCAUUAUCAAUCAUCUGUGCAACACUGCGAUGCCCCAAGAGCAUCAAGGUACAAACUUGCAAUCUUUAUUCAAGUCAUGGGAGGCCUAUAACAGUUAGAUGAUGAUAUGUCAAGUCAAGUAGACAAAAGAAUUUGAAGAAUGCUAUGUAUGGCUUUUCUUUCUGUUUGGAAUUAAUGUGAAAUAGAGAAGUGUAUGUGUAUCUUUCUUUCUGCAAUUUUCUUGUGAACUGUUUUAUCAAUGAUUAAAUUGUUCAUCAGCA